CUUACGUCCAGGGCCAGGCACUGCUGGAAAUGACGGUCCUCCUUGUUCUUCUCCUGGUCACGGGCCUGCCACGGGUGGAGACGAACGUCACUGUGGCUGGAAGACAGACGGCGGCGAGAUGUUAUGUUUGUGAGAAAGAAAAUGAUUUCUCAUGUAAUACUGCAAAAAAUUGUCCCGACAGUACUUAUUAUUGUUCUACCGCAGCCGUGAAGUUGUUUAGACGUUUCGUCUUUGUUUCAAAGCAGUGCGCAAAGUACUGCCCCGUGUACGAACCUUCAUCGGCAGGAAGCAGGCACUUCGUCCUGGAGAAGCCUCUGCCCUUCGUCUACGUGAGCUGUUGUCGGGGGUCCUUGUGCAACACCGAAGCGCCAAAUGUCACCGACUACAGAGAGGCUGGACGAGCCCGCCCGGUGUGGCGCGGCAGUGCUGGGCUGGCGUUGUUCCUGACUCUCGGCUCUGCGUGCCUGGGCCUCAGGCUGGCCUGA